CGAAGCCCGAGCGGGUGUUCACAUCGAUCGCGAGCGCGUAGCGAUUGCUUCUGUCUGUUGUUUAGGUAUGGCGCCGGCGACGAAGCUGAGAGGCGGCGGGAACCCGGGCGGGGGUCUCGCUCUGUGCUGACGGCGACCCAGGGCUGAGUGGGCUAUGGAGGAGCCCGGCUCGUUGGUCACGGGAGACCGCGCCGGUGGCCGAAGCUGGUGCUUGCGGCGGGUAGGGAUGAACGCCGAAUGGCUGCUGCUGGAGGACGGAAACGAGGUGACGAUAGGGCGAGGAUUUGGUGUCACAUACCAGCUGGUAUCAAAAAUCUGCCCUCUGAUGAUUUCCCGAAACCACUGUGUUUUGAAGCAGAAUGUCGACGGCCAGUGGACAAUUAUGGACAAUAAGAGUCUGAAUGGUGUUUGGCUGAACAGAGAACGUUUAGAACCUUUUAAGGUCUAUUCUAUCCAUAAGGGAGACCACAUCCAGCUCGGAGUACCUCUGGAGAAUAAGGAGAAUGCAGAGUAUGAAUAUGAAGUUACUGAAGAAGACCGGGAGAGGAUGUAUCCUUGUCUUGCCCCAAAGAAUGACCAGAUGACAGGAAAAAAUAGGGGAUUGAGAACUAAAAGGAAAUUCAGUUUGGAUGAAUUAGAGGGUCCUGGAGCUGAAGGCCCCUCAAAUUUGAAAUCCAAAAUAAGUAAAGUGUCUUGCGAACCUGGUCAACCAGUGAAGUCUCAUGGGAAAGGUGAAGUGGCCAGUCAACCCGCUGAAUAUUUGGAUCCUAAGUUGACUUCUGUUGAGCCAAGUGAGAAGACCACAGAGGCUCAUGUUUACCCUGGUUCUGCAAAAGUCAUAGAGCUUCAUCAUAAGAAGCAGAAAGCCUCAAACCCUUCAGUAUCUCAGAGCAGCUUGGAGCUGUUCAAGGUGACCAUGUCCAGGAUUCUGAAGCUGAAAACACAAAUGCAGGAAAAACAGGUAGCUGUCCUGAAGGUGAAAAAGCAAACCCAAAAGGGGAACUCAAAGAAAAUUGUGAAAAUGGAGCAGGAGCUACAGGACUUACAGUCCCAGCUGUGUGCAGAGCAGGCCCAGCAACAGGCCAGAGUGGAGCAGCUAGAGAAGACUUUCCAGGAAGAGGAACAGCAUCUCCAGGGUUUGGAGAAGGAGCAAGGAGAAGAGGACCUGAAGCAACAACUGGCCCAGGCUCUGCAGGAGCAUCGAGCUCUAAUGGAAGAACUAAAUCGCAGCAAGAAGGACUUUGAAGCAAUCAUUCAAGCCAAGAACAAAGAAUUGGAACAGACCAAGGAAGAGAAGGAGAAGGUGCAGGCACAGAAGGAAGAAGUGCUUAGCCACGUGAAUGACGUGCUAGAGAAUGAGCUCCAGUGUAUUAUUUGCUCCGAAUACUUCAUUGAGCAAAGAGACUCUCCUGAAGACCACGCUCCAGGGGCGUUCAAGGGAUUGCCAGGCAAUGGGAGCUUGGGAUGGUCUGGAGGAUUAUCUGUGGCCAGGUCUUGGGCUGCUCUGAGAUAGAGCAUGGGACGGAGCCACGUGGGACAGAGACUGAGUUAGGAAGUCCUCCUCAUGAGCCUCCAUGUUGGCCGGCCACGCUGCCACCGCUCUCUGAGGCCGUGCUGGUACUCCCCGCGAGGGCUGCUUCUGGGUACUUGAUAGACUGCUUCACUGUGUGUUGAAUGGGUUAUGUAUUUCUGUUCUGCUUUUUAAAUUUAUUGUUUUUGUUAUCAUUUGGGUACCUCAGAAGCACGUCAGUUGACAUUUGUUUUGGACAGGUUGGGUGUAACCCCUGCAGCUGCCCCUAAAAGCCAAGGCAGCCUCUCUUGGAGAGGAUGGCCUACCUCUUUGUAAAAACAAGAUGUCAUUUCCUGGAAAUAAAAUGUAAAGCCUA